GACAGAAAGAGAGAGAGACAGAAAGAGUGAGAGAAAGAGACAGAGACAAAGAGAGAGAAAGAGAGACAGAGACAGACAGACAGACAGAGACAGACAGACAGAGACAGAGUAAGAGAGACAGAGAGAGACACAGAUAGAGAGACAGUCAGACAGAGAGAGACAGAAAGAGACAGAGAGAGAGAGAGAGACAGACAGAGACAGACAGAGAGAGUAAGGGAGACAGAGAGAGACACAGAUAGAGAGACAGACAGAAAGAGUGAGACAGAGAGAAAGAAAGACAGAGAGAGAGAAAGGGAGAGAGAGAGACACGGAUAGAGAGACAAAGACAGAGAGAGAGAGACAGACAGAAACAGUGAGACAGACAGAGAGACAGAUACACACAUACAGAGAGAGAUAGAAAGCGACAGAGAAAAAGAGAGAGAAGAAACGUGGAGAGGGGGAGAGACAUUGAAGGGGAAGGGGGAGAUCAGUUCAGGGUAAACGAAGGAAGGAAGGAGAAAGAGAGGGAUAAAUAAAAAGGGAGGGAGAGGGAUAGAGGGGGAGGUGAGAUGGAUCCAUAAUCCACUGGAGAAAUGGCUGAGCCUGAUGAGGAAAACAUUCAAAAACAGAUAGAUGAGAUAGAAGCUGUGUCAUCCAUCUAUGAAGAAAACUGGACUGUUGUCGAUGAGGCAGCGAGGAUAUUUUGCAUCAGAAUCGUUGACCAAGAACCAAAAUGGACCAUUAGUCUCCAGGUAACGCUCCCUCCAGAAUAUCCCACUGCGGCACCACCAGUCUAUCAGUUGAAUGCCCCUUGGCUGAGAGGACAUGAGCGAGCAGCACUCUCUAACGACCUGGAAGAAAUCUACCUGCAAAAUUCAGGAGAGUGCCUCCUGUUCCUGUGGGUACAAAAGAUUCAGGAGUUUCUGCAGCUGAAAGCUCGGUCAAAUGGUGCAGCUCAACAUGGAGACAAGGGGACGGACGAGGCCAAAGCGGAACAUCGGGCAAGUUCAAUUUCCAUUCAUUCGCCUUCUCGACAUGUUUCACUGAGCGAAGCCCAUUGCCAAAGCACAGAUGAUGAAGACCUUCCCACAAUGGUCCACGGGGACCCUCUGACAGAUCGGAGGAGCACGUUCCAGGCCCACCUCGCCCCUGUGGCGACAUUGAAACAGGUGAAAAUGCAUCUUCAGAAGCUGUAUCAGAACAAGAAGAUUGCCGGCGCCACACACAACAUCUACGCUUACCGGAUAUAUUGUGAAGACAAGAGGACCUUCAUUCAGGACUGUGAAGAUGAUGGUGAGACGGCAGCCGGAGGUCGGAUGCUCCAUCUUAUGCAGAUUUUGGACGUACGUAACGUGAUGGUAGUGGUGUCGAGGUGGUACGGGGGAAUUCAGCUGGGGCCCGACCGGUUUAAGCACAUCAACAACUGCGCCAGGAACCUGCUCAUUGAAGAGGGUUAUAACGAACCAGCGGGGGAAGUUUCAAAGAUGCCCGUAAAGAGAAAAAACCCAAAGAACAAGAAAGGAAAAUGAGCAGAGGCUGCAACAUCAGUGUUUUACAGAGAAUGGCUAAGAAUGAGAUCAACCAAUGGUCCUGGGCCAACUAUCCUAUUUCAAAAUCAAAAGGAACUAUGAUUAAAUAAGCUCACUGAACCCUC